AUGAAAAUAUCUUCAAAAUUGACUACCCCAUUAUUCAAUGUUGUAACGUCAGUCUCGGUAAUAAUGGAUGAUGGCAGUGGAAGCAAAACGUACUUCGCGGAUGCGGCUGGAAAACCUGUCCCUAGGCCUGGUAUUAAUUCACAGGUGGCAAGUCCAAUUAAUCUCCUAAACCCCGAUCGUUAUGAGUUCUACACCUUCGACGACACUGGCGAUCUGGUAAAACGACUAAUGACUUUAGAUGAAAUCCAAGGCAUUAUAGCUGGCGGUGAUGGAGAUGCAGCACUUUACAGUGAUGACCAAACCCUGGCCGACACUGCCGAUAUGUUAAGUAUUCCUCAAUCCCCGGAACUUCGCGUAAAAGACGUUGUCGCAAAUAUCCAAAGUGUUAUGAAAGGCGAAAUGGAACAACAGAAAAAACAAACUACCUUAACCAAGCCAAUGCUAGAUACACCUGAUGUUUCCGCGACAUGGAGUAUGAUCCUGCCGGCGAUUUUUGGAAAUACUGGCGGUGAUAUAAUUCCAGAGAAACAUCCACAAGUUAUAAUGACACCAGAAACAGAAGUAGUCGACACCGUCACUUUAAAGAGCAAUAGCACAAAUGAGCAACCUGCCGAAAGCCGAGAGCCCAUCACGGAUAAAACUCAACAAAACGAAUCAGCAGAAUCGUAUACAAUUUCCGCAACGACUAAGGAAGAACCAUUUAGUAAGCCUGUUUCAGCUGAAUCAGAUCUUAAAGAAGAUACUAAAAACUAUACUCUGAUUUCAUAUACAGGAACGACCGAAAAAUAUUCAUCAUCCACAUAUAAGUUAAAUGAACUUACUAAAAAGCCAAACGAGCCAAUAGUUUACGAGAAAGUCAAUAUUGAAAAUGCUAAUAAACAAGAAACGUUAUCUACAAUCUUGGAUGAUAACAAUGUAGCAUUCAUAACAAUUAAGCCCUUAGACACUGCAACUACAUUAAAGCCACUGAAUCUAUUAUCAGAAAAACAUCAAUCUUCAUCGAAUGCACCGACUGUAACAGACGAACAGAAGGAAGACACAUUAGACGAUAAAUUAUUCUAUACAAUAGAAUAUACAAAACCAUCAUCAGAAUCAUCUAUAGAAAUUAAGACAUCAGAAACCAACAGAGAUCCCACAAUACAAGAAAAUGACAAAGAGAUAACUUCAAGUCUUCCGUCUCAAGAAGUAAUUUUUGAUAAUAACUCAAAACCUUCAUUAUACAGCGUUGAUAUUAUUAAACCUCUUCAUAAGAACAUAUCAUCAGAAGUAGAUCAUGUUAAAGAUAUUCCAAUCUCGACAGCGCCAUCAGUACUAAAUAUUAUAUCUGAAUCUACCACAGUAAAUAACAUUGUAGAGCCUGAAAUUCUAGAUAAGUCUCCUGAUAGUAACAUCCAAAAUAACAUUUCACAAACUAAGCCGGAUGGUUUAGCUGAAGAAAGUAAGAUUGCGCCUACAGUAAUUGAUUCAAUUUCACUAAAGCUAACCACAAAUGAAUACGAUUCCCAAACAAAAGCUGCGCCUACAAUGUAUACAUCAACAUCUCCCACUGAUAAUACUUUUUCAGAUAUGGCACAGAAUACUGAGUCUGAUGAAAUCAUCAAAACUGAGGCUACCCAAUCACAUAAAUUGGGCACGACAUUUACGACCGACAGUCGCACUGAAAGCUUAUAUACCAAGCAGCCAUAUCAUAAUUUUGAAGAAUUAUACUCCACUAGUCAGCAACUGUAUACGAUACCAGCCAUUUUUGAUAUAUUAAAGAUAAAUACAACUAAAGAUGAUGGUGAUAAAAUACAAACUACAUUUGGAGAAUCGAGUACCGAAAAUAUACAAAACCCUAAAAUAGCCAGUACGGAAAAUAUAGAUCAAACACAGGAAGAUGAUUCAAACACUUCCAAAUUUACCACAGUAACGUCUUAUCAAGAUAUUAAUGAAUCUACGCCCAAAGAAGAAUUUAUAAUUCAUGCUGGAUCCUUAGAAAAUGAUUACACCGAAGAACAACAAGGAUCAACAUUUUCGUACUACGAUUACUAUAAAACUACUAAUAAUGAUGAUGUAACAUCCGCUAAAGAAACAUCCAAUGGCCAAUCAUCGACAUAUACUACAAACAAAAUACCAACUACCCAAUAUGAUGAAGUCUUACAAACAAAAACCGAUUCAGAUCAAUUAUAUUUAACUCAAACAAGUAGUACGUUGACAGAAAAAUCGACGGAGAGUCCUAUUACUAAAGAAAUAAAUAAAGUCACAGAAUUCGCAAACCCUUCGACGAUUGCUGUAUUAGAUGAAUCUGACGAUAGCAAAUUGAGUACAGCUUAUGAACAGGUCACAGACUCUGCUUCCACUAAUUUAUACACCGAACAGCAAACAACAGACAAAGUAAAAGAUUAUGAUCAAAUAAAGGAAACUCCAACGACGACCAUAAAUACAAAAAUAUCUAGUGUCACUGAAAAUACGGAGAUUGCUAAAGAAGACGAGCAAAUUAAGAGCGAAGUUUUCACUACACCUUCAAAUCAAGAUACUCCAGUUACACAAUAUGUUGACGAUGUAUCAACUUUAAAACCAUAUUCGUUAUCGGAUAUAAUGGGAUCAAUGUUUACUAACGUGAAUGAUGAAUCACUAAGUACAAGACCAGAAAGCGAUUCGCUGAUACUGUCUCUUCAAGAAUCAUUAUCAAAUGUUAUAUCACAGGUGUCAGAUGAUUCAUCUGAUACUUCAGUACCUUUGAUUCUACAUAGUGAAAUCACUACACAAAAAGCUCCCUCUAAAAUCCAAGAAAAUAACGACGAUCAAAUCACAUAUGAAACCUCUGUUGUUAAAGAAACGUCUUCUGUAUCAAUGGAAGCAGGAAGACCGCACACCAAACCACAAUAUAAUGAGUAUCAUUCAUCAGAAUCUUCGAGUACUGAAGAUUCCUAUCCAUACGAUUCACAAUCUAGUGAAGAAAACUAUCCAGUAAGUCAUAAAGCACCAAAUUACACCCCUACAAGAAUUAUAGACACCACUACUUAUUCGCAUACAUCAACAUCUCAGAAACCUAUCAAAAACAAAUUAAAUGACGAAGUUUAUGAUGAUUUGCAAAACAAACAACAAACUCAUAAACCGCUACUCACAUCUUCAGAAGAAUAUCCUGCAAAUCCCGAUCAAUAUCAAGGAUUUGGUACCAGAAUUGGAACUACAACACAAAAAUAUUUCACGACACAACCAUCAAAACUAAAUAGGCAUGAUACAACUAAGUAUAUUGAAACUUCUACAUCAAAAGCCGAUAACUUUGUAGAUCAUUCUUCAGUAUCACAAGAUAGUGACAGCAGCAUAAUAAUAAUAAAAGCUACAACCGAAAGAGUAAAAAAUAAUAAAGGCGAAAAUAAAAAACCUAGCACAAUUUAUGCGAAUACGUACAACACUAACUAUAAAUUGUCAAGUAUCAUUCCUAUAGAAUCAUCUACCUACCACCUCAAAUUGAACUCAAGUACUCAAAUCAACAGCAAUAAAAUUCAUCAAAAUGCACAAAAAAUAAAAACUGAAUUAAAUGCAACAAAUCCUAUUGAGUCACAAUUCAACAAGGUUACAAAUGAAUCGUACCCCCAGGACAAUAUACAAAAUGAGUCCAAAAAUGAAGACGUGAGCACCAUUAGUGAUAUAAAAAUAAAUAUUGAGAGUAAACUUUCAUCAACAACGGAAGGUGUUAAAAACUCUGAUACGACAAGUAUGAAAUCAAAUCCUAGAAUCACAACUGAAUAUGAGAAGAACAACCCAGAGCUCUUCCUAACAGAAGCGAACGCAACAUUUAUUAGCGAUUUUAACAAUAUUAAAAAUAAUAAUGAAGAUAAUACGCACGAACAUGUUAUAAAACCUAAUAACAAAAAUGCUGACGAAGAAAAAACUACAGUUGAGACUGAAGAAAUUGGUACAACUAAAUUUAUUAUUAAUGCAGGUGAGAUUGAUUAUACUACAGAAAACAAUCAAGCAGUAUAUGGUUCAGCUACUAUAGAUAAAGAAUAUUCAACUACUAAUUCUGAACAAACAUCACUAGGUUAUAUAAACGACAAAACAGUAGAACUUAGCACAACUACAAAAACAAUUGUUAGUGAUGAAAUAAAUACAGAGCAAGGUUUAAAUGAACAAUCAACAUUAUACGACACGUAUUCUCCCGAUAGUUCUUCGACAGUAGAUGAUGCACAACAAAUUUCGACAAUUGAUCAUAAAACUCAUGAUCCUAUAGAAACGGAAAAAUCAACAGAAACUGUUAUUAAAUCACAAUCUACUUCUGCUUAUUUAUCCGAAAACACUUCAGAUAAAAUUAUAGCUUCAACAAUAGCUGAUGAAUACGCAACAAAUGAACAAAAUGUAAAUGAAUAUUCUACCACUCAAAAAGAGCUACUUGUUUCUCAACCAGAAAAUAUACAAUCAACUACAACUGUAAAUACAGAUAAUCAGAUUACAACUGAAAUUAAAAAUAUAGUUCAAGAAGCUCAAAAUACACCUUAUACUACAUUUGAAAGUACCGUUCAGCCGGAAUUCCAACAAACAAUUAAAGUUCAAGAAAACUCGAAUGAUGCCAAUCCUACAACUAUCACAGAUAAUAUUGAAAUAAUUUCAUCUAAGCCUGCAUCAGUUGACUUACAAGCAGAUACGUCAGACAUAUUGAUCACAGAAAGCGAAAAGAAUAAAACCGAUUCACAAACCUUUGCUAAUGAUCAGACAUUAAGUUUAACUACAGUUAAAACGAAUGAUGACUCUUCUUACGCAGAAGAUGAAAAAUGGAAAAUAGUAACUACAAUAAAUGCCCUUCAAAGUGAAACUACCAAAGUACCUGCGCAAACAACGUCCAUAUCAACCCCGACAAAAAUAGAAAAUAUACAAUUUGUUUAUCAAACAACUGAUAGCCCAAUUUCACCUCAGAUUGUUAAUGAAGAUACUGGAGCAGAACCCAUUCGAUUCAGUUCCUCUCCUAAAGAAAAUUUAGGACUUCUUGAGAGUACCGCUGGCUUAAGUGAAGAUAUAAGUGAAUUUGCGGAUCUGUGCAAUGAACUAGCUUUCAAAUAUUGGCAAGCUGUGACAAAUAAAGGUAUUAGUACAUCGCGCGGCUUGGUAAUUUCACCAUUUGCAGUAACAUCCUUGUUGGCUAUGAUGUUUAUGGGUGCGAGAGGAGCAACAUCAGAAGAAAUGAAUGAAAUACUGAAAUUAGAUGAUAUGGUGACUUUCAAUCCUCAUUUAGUAUUUAAAAACGUUACUGAAUCUAUAGAAGUUAAUAAAAGGUCUGGUGUUGCCACAUCUGCAUUUGUCAGAGAGUUGUUUAGUGAUAGAACAAAAGUAAAACUACUUGGCUUCUAUAAACAAAGAGCACAACAGUUUUAUGGCGGACAUGUAGAGGAAGUAAAUUAUAAUGUAAUUAAUGAUAUUGUGAGAAGAAGAACAAAUCUUCUUGUGAAACGACAAACAUGGGACAAAAUUCCAGAAUAUUUGAAAUCAAAUGUGAUUACACUAAGACCGCCAUUGGCAGCCCUAUCAGCAAAUAUAUUCCAGACUGACUGCACACUUGGGUCAUCACGGGAAAGAGAUGGUGAAAUGUUCUUCAUGGUACUUCCUUCUAGCAGACAACGAAAACUCGUACCUAUACCAGCUGUUGUUUAUCGCUCAGGAUUCUACGCUGGUUAUGAUGCGUCAUUAGAUGCUACAGCCAUAUCUAUAGGCGGACCAGACAAAAUAGUCAGCACAAUAUUUGUGAUACCAGGACAACAAGGACAAGUUGCACCGGGAGAUAACUUGGAAAGCCUUGAGAGAAGGCUCAUCAACACAUCGUACAAGGACAAGGCAUGGUCUAGUUUAAUGCAAUGUUUACUUGAAAGACCAGGACUGGAAGCUCAAAUACCAAGGUUCUCUCAUCGCUCCAUUAUAAACGCUACAACCGCCCUUCAACGAAUGGGUCUCGAUACGUUAUUCAACCCAGAUGAGGCAGAUUUACGCGGUCUUAAUGGCAUGACAAAAGAUCUGUACUUCUCUGAUAUGUUGCAAGUUAAUACGUUUACAACGUGUGGAGAAGAUACAGUGGGCGAUUUCCAUCAUACGGAAUUCUAUCCGGCUUCAGGAUAUAGAUCCAACAGAGAAGUCGAGGAGGAAGAAAAACAGAGGUUAUAUAGAGAAGCUCUACGUCGUUACGAAGAAGCAAAUCGAUCGGUCGACGAAGCUCUGAUCAAAGCUCGCACAGCAGACGAACCGAGAGAUUACCAGCGAGCUUUCCACGAUCCUGUUCACGAUCCCAGUUACCUGUAUCUGCCAUUGGCGCUGAGACCACGACAGGCGCGCAAUCCCGAAGGCAACGGACGAGCACCCCGAUUGAGACUAGAUCGUCCUUUCCUAUACUUUGUUCGACACAAUCCCACUGGAUUGAUUUUACAUAUGGGAAGAUUUAAUCCACGUCUACUUUAA